GCGAACACGCUGGUUCACCGACAGAGAUUGGCCUUUGAUUUGGUUUAUUUUUUUUUUCUGUCCCCUCUACUACUGGCCAAUUUGUCGAUUUAAAUUCCAACCAGGUGGUUUAAAUCGAUUGAACAUGUAUCUGUGGUCUGUGACUUGUCGUUUAUGGAAUUUAAUCAAUUGUGAUGAUUGCUGGAAAGUGACCGGUGGAUAUGGACUUGAUCGGUAAACUGUUGGGGUAGUGAUUGUGUUGGGAGAGAACGAGAUAGAAAAUUUUGUGAGAAUAACAAAUAAAAGACUGUGGGAAUUGUGGUUAAUUGUCAAAACUUCUGAUGUGUGCUGGUAAAUGUUCGUAAAAAAAAAAAGCGCCUGGUACACCUACGCUGGAAUAUGAAGAAAAAAAUAAACGCUGAAAAUUGAGCACAACAAUUACACAAAACUGCUGUACCGAUCAUCUGAAUGAUAGGGUAGGGAAAACGAGGUAACCGUAUAUGUAUAUUUAUCGCACAGGGUUGGUACUGAUACCGGGUAAAAAAUAGAAAAAAAAAACAAGAGAGAGAAAAAGAAGUUGUGGAGGAGAGGCAUAAGUAGAAUGUUGGCCACCUUACCUGGAAAAGCCUUCGUGAAUGUUUAUGGCCCAUAAAAUGGCCGACGAACAAACGGGACAGAGAUACGGGUACGUACGUAAGGAGAUGCUCGCGGCAGGUCGCCUACGUGCUCCAUAAUUUCCAAAUUACCGAGGCCGAUGCUCGUCGUGGGAGAAAUUUGAGACAGUAAUUCAACAUGUCCGAUCACGGUGACAGCGAGGUUGAUCCCUCAGAGGAGAUAAACGUCGACGAACUUGAUUCACGAAGUUGUUCGCCACGUAAUUACGUUAACUCCGGGGACAAUCAUCAAAAUGAAGCACCGUCGGAGUGUUCAACAUCACCACCACCGAUGCACACGAAGACACCGAGUGAUGUAUCACCAAGAAGUCAUCCGUUCAGUAUAAGUCGUCUCCUGGGUGAUGGCAGUGGUAGGAAUCAGGCGAAGAGCCCAAGCUCGGAUGAUCCAGACAGUGAUAAAGAGCGACGAUCCUCGUGGGUCUGGGAGGACAGCAACAAUCGUAACUCAAAUGAGGAUGAGAGAAGAUCCUGGGGUGUUGAAUUAGAGGAAAAAAUGUCGGAGAAGGAUGACGAUGAUACGGGCAGUACUCCAGAUAUGCAUGGAACUGGUCAAAUGCAUCCAGCUGAUCUCCUGGCGCCAUUCAGACUUUUCCCAGGUGGUUCUGGGUUAAUAUACACUGGUGGUGGGGUCAUCAGGGUACCGGCCCACAGGCCACCAGGACCAAAUGGCCCACCUGGGAACAGUAUCACGUCUCAGGCUGGUCUUAUACCACCCUGGAGCCUUCAGGCGUUGCAGCACAGCCAGCAGCAGGCCGCUGCUGCUGCUGGCCUCCAUCGGGCCAGUUUACUCGCCAAUCUUGCUCAUCCACUUCAAGCCCAUCCACAUCUUAAGGAUCGUCUUGCAGUGGCGGGUGCCUUCCCCCGAAGAAUCGGCCAUCCUUAUCAAAACAGAACUCCACCCAAGAGAAAGAAGCCAAGAACGAGCUUUACGAGAUUACAAAUUGCAGAAUUGGAGAAACGCUUUCAUAAACAAAAAUACCUGGCAUCAGCGGAGAGGGCAGCUCUCGCCAAGUCUCUGAAGAUGACGGAUGCCCAAGUCAAAACGUGGUUCCAGAACAGGCGAACAAAGUGGAGACGACAAACGGCAGAAGAGAGAGAGGCAGAGAGACAAGCGGCGAAUCGUCUAAUGCUAUCACUGCAGGCAGAAGCCUUGGGAAAAGUCGGAUAUCCAGGCGGAGUUAGCAGUCAUCCCAGCGGUGCAUCGGUUGCAAAUCUAGACGGUCAAUCUUCAGCACCACCUCUUGGUCACGCGGUCAACCAAUGGGCCUCACCCUACGGCCCACCUCAACCCCUCACCGAGCCCAUCUGCUAAAAAAUUUUUCCGAUACCGAGAGAGGUGAAAAAAAAAAUUGUAAUGGAUUGAAUAAGAACAAGAAAGACAUAUCUCACUCAUGUAAAUAAUCCCAUACACUUGAAUGAAAUUACUUGUAAGAUAUAGGGAGCUGUUCUAGUGCGAGCAGAGGAGUCAGGAGGUAUGCCAUGUAAAUACCACUUGGAUUAUUGAGCCCAAACUAUUCUUUACAGUAGCUUAGGAUAUGAUAUACUAUUGUCGUAACAAUAUUACGAGUGAUUAUAACUCCAUAUCGGUGUAAGAAUUGUGAGAGAUGAAAUAAAAUAGAAAAAAAAAUAUAUACAUUAAAAAUUCUGAUUAAAAGAUAGGAGUAUUGAGUACGAUGUAUAACGAGCUAUGUGAUGUUAUGUACGUGUAAUGUUGUACAUAUAUAAAUAUUCAAGAAAACAAAAUGAAGACUAAUUACUGACGACUCUAUGCGGGAUAUAUAUUUUUGAGUUUUUUUUUUCUCCUUUAAAUUAUUCAGCAAAACACCUGGCCCUUUUUUUAUUCCUUUUCCCAGUUUAUCCUUCUCAUCUUUGUUUCCCUCAGCAGUUGCCAAAGAUUUUUUUAGUGGGUGUCCAAAUUGAAGGUGGCAUCCUACAUUACCGUGUGCAUCAUCCCCUCAAAUCAUAUAACAACAUCCGGUCGCUCUU